UAUUAAUCAAGUGAGGCUCUUCUUUCUCGCUUCUCGUUUCUUUCCGCCUCGCAGAGCCUCUGGAACCAGGGUAAGAGUCGCUUUAAAAAGAAACAGCAGCCAGAAUAUGUGUUACAAAAUAUUUGUCGUUUUGGCAAUAGUGUUGACCUUCUCAACCAUGGGUAAGGAAAUAAUUUAUUACAGUCAGAAUACAAGAACACUUCCGCUUCUGUAACUUGUUUUGUAUUUCUGUAAAUUGUUCUAUUUUUCUGUAGCGAUUUAUACCGCUUUAUCGGCAAAUAUGGCGCGGUUGGGUCCUGUAGAAUUUUGCUUUCCUUCCUUUAUAUACGUCAAUUUGUAGCAAUGGAUACACCUUUCGUUAGAUUCUUUGCAUAAAAGUCGCGAAACUUAGGAUCUUAUAGCGAUAUUUGCUGAUAAAUCGGUUAUAAACCGCCGCUCAUAUACAUAGUGUGUUAAUCAGUCAUACUAUACAAAUUUAAAAUAACCGACUAUACAAUCAUUUGAUGUACUAAAAUCAAAAUCAGUCUAUUUCUUUUAUGGAAAGAAUCUAACGAAAGGUAUACAGUAUAUCCUUUGCUACAAACUGACGUAUGUAAAGGAAAGAAAGGGAAAUUCUACCGCGAUAUUUGCCGAAAAGGCGGUAAUCGCUACAGAAAAGUAGAACAAAUUACAGAAAUACAAAACAAGUUACAGAAGUGGGAUGGUUCUUGUAUUUUGACUGUAUUAACCCACGAUAUGUAUAAAUAGCAUGCCGUAUUGUAUUUUGAAUUCAGCGGCGUAAAUUCGUAUCUUAAUGUACGUUAUUUAUUUAAAAUAACAACAAAAUUUGUGGAUGUUGCGCCAUUCAGUAAUUGCAUAAUAACAUAUUUAUCAUCGUAGGGUGUGCCCUGAAAUGCUACGCGUGUUUUUACAGUUCGAACCUACCGGUACCGACAUCUCUACAAUACUGUAACAAUGUUACAGUUGAUUGUCCAACUAAAUACUGUUAUUCUGUUGCUUAUACCACGAGUAAAGGCAUAUCUGCUGUUCGACGAGGCUGUGACAACAUUCCCAACGAAAAAAAUUGUCCAAAUAGUGGCGAAGCAUGCCAAAGAAACAGACGUCAAUUUAAUAUCACAUCAUGCUCUGAAACCUGCUGUACCACCGAUCUUUGCAACAGUGACACAGUACGUGUCAUGGCCGCGAAAUUUAUUCUCUGUUUGACGAUCAUUGUGGGAUAUUUCUUAGCUUAAAUUUUUAAGACUAUAUAUAAGUUAUUUUUGUAUCUGGUAACAUUUAGUUUACGCUAUACUGCCUAUAGUGAUUCACAGUGGAGCAGCUUAUUUGAAUAUUGUGAUGACAAAGAAUGAAAGAAUAGCAUUUGCCGGGUUUCUCUUGUUACAUCAUAAGCAAUAUCAUGUAAUUUUACAUAUAUUAAAUAUUAUUAUCACUAUAAGCUUUUAAUUUACAUAUAUUAAAUAUUAUUAUCACUAUAAGCUUUUAAGCUUAUAUAUAGUGAUAAAUGUUAUUAUUGGCACAAUAAUGGAAGUUAACAGAGAAUUAAGAGGCGCUAGCUAACGUCACUUGCUAAGGUCAUUUGAACAUGUAGAGUAUAUAUUCAAGAUAUGAAUAUAUUAAGUAAAAACAACGUGGUUCUGCAUGUGGCUUCAUUCGCAUAGUAACUCCAAAUGGCCAUUCCGCCACGG